AUAUUAUCGUCAGGACAACCAGUCACGGUAAUGGAAGACCCCUGGAGAGCUAAUCGCUGCUAUCCAGCCCUGAACUCUUCAUGUACAAAGUUUGUCAGGUCACAGGCACUAUACAUCAUCAUGUACAUAUUUUUGUCUUCAAUAUCUGUGUCCACUGUUCUUCUAAAUUUGCUGGUGAUCAUCUCGAUUUCUCACUUCAAGCAGCUUCACACUCCAACCAACCUGCUGAUCCUCUCUCUUGCUGUGGCAGAUUUAUUGAUCGGACUGACUGUCAUGCCUGUGGAAGGGUCACAAUUAAUUGAAACAUGCUGGUAUUUUGGGGACACGCUGUGUAACAUAUUUCCGUUCAUUUAUUCAGUGGCUAUUUCAGGAUCUCUGUGGAGCCUUAUAUUAGUUUCCAUUGAUCGUUUCAUUGCCAUCAGUGAUCCUUUAAGGUACUCAUUGAAGGUCACACACAACAAAGUCGUUAUAAUUGUUGUUCUUAGCUGGUGUUUUUGUCUACUUUAUAUUUUCUCCUUGCUUUAUGACCACCUUACUGAAAUGGAGCCUCACAGGACAUGUCACGGAGAGUGUCUGCUCACAAUCAGUUUCUCAUGGAUUGUUGGUGGUGUUUUUGUGUCAUUCAUUGUGCCUUGUUCCACGGUUAUAAUUUUAAACAUGAAAAUAUUCUGUACAGCUAAGUAUCAUGCAAAGGUGAUUAACUCUGUUACAGAAAGAGAAAGGGCUGGUAACAAGGACACAAUAACAAGUAAGAAAUCCAGCCGUAAAGCUGAAAAAACAAUAGGGGUACUCGUUACAGUUUAUUUGCUCUGCUAUAUGCCAUAUCAUUUAAGCAUUUUUGCAUACGGCACUGACUCAUUAUCUUAUCUAUUUAAAUGUCUUGUAUGGAUUAUGUAUCUCAACUCCUGCAUGAACCCAAUAAUAUAUGCUUUAUUUUACCCAUGGUUUAAAGUCUCAACCAAGCAUAUCAUCACCCUUGCAAUACUUCAUCCAGGUUCCUCUUACUUCAAUAUGCAACAUUCAAUGGAGAAGGAUUUCCUUGCUGAAGAGGUGACUAUUGAUAUCCAGCGCCAUGAGGAGAUUAUGAAGAUAGUAGAGGAAAACACCAAAAAGCAGCAGGAUAAAAUUAGGGGGAGGACAACACAGAAGGUUCACUGGAUCUUGCCACCGGGGGCCCUGGUAUGGCAGAGGAAAGUGAGGAGCCAACAGAGGAAAGGGGGGAAACUCGACCCCGAGUACUUGGGACCUUUUUCAGUGGCAAAGGUUGAGGGGAAAAGUGUUGACCUGAUUGACAGCAAUGACUGCACUUUCCCUAGGGGGGCGCUUCUGAGGACGAGGGUGCCCGGCGACGUGGACGGCCUCGACGGUGAGGGGCUGGUCGACUGGGGUGGGUUUGAUGGAACUCAGCGAGCAUCGUGGGAUCCAAGAUGUCAUCACGGCUGA